AACCAGGGACCAAUCAGGUGCAUUCCCCGAUAGGGUAUGUCACCGCUUGAAAGGCCAGUUGACUGGAGCAGCAACUCCCCUAGCGUCCUCGUUGGAUCUGGUGGACAUGUAUAGCGUGAUGAGGCGCUGAGCGUCUAUUCUGCGCUGAGCACUGCACAUAUAGAGUUUUUUUUCUGGCCACCGAGAGUUGAAAAGUGUUCAACUUCGGGUAAAACGCUACACUCGUCACUGUCACCCAGCCGUCCAAUCACAAUGGAGGAGACAAAGACCAACUGUCACAUCCUACACAUAUAGGCUACAAGUGCUGAACAACAACAAUGGAGGAGAAAUGAUUACACCCACUGGCGGGUCCGUCCUCUCUCCCUACAUGCUUCGGUCUUCCCUUCAUCCAGAGAAAGUACUCUACCAUAUGCCAAUAUUUUUACUCCUGCAGAUAUUCUGUAUUAUAGCAACCAGAUGCAACCAAAGUGGCUCAACAAUAAAUAAAUUUAACAAUAAACAAGUAUUUCAUUAGUUUUAAAACUGUCAUCUUUGUCAUUUAAAAAGGAUAAAUUAAGUAAUUUGCAAAAAAGAAAAAAGGCAAUAAUAUUGCAUAUAGUGCUGUAUGCUGAGCCCAUCAUUAUCACCACAGGGUUAAGUGUCACAAUGCUACUCCUACUUGUAUGUUGGCGUAUUAUGAGCACUAUUUUUAGCAGCUUUGCCAUUGGCUCCCAGUUUAACCAGUCACAAAACAACCAGAAUGUCUCGUCACACAAAGCAGCACCUGUGAGUUUCUCACACUCCAACUGUCCCUCUCAUAGCCUUCCAGCCUAAAUAUCUGCUAUAUAGGACACGUGUGUUCGGCUGUAGUCGAUGAAAAAUACCUCAAUCUUAAGCUAGAAUUUGCAGAUCUACAAAAACAAAAGUCAACUGGAACUACAGGCCAAACAUUCGGUCAUCGUCACGUGUAUUGUAAUUUAAUAGCUCAUUGUUAACUGAAAAUGAGUUUGCGAGGCAUUGGCUUCCUCCUGCAGUGUUACCUGAUGUUGGCAGCAGCCAUGUAUUUUGAUCUAGGAGAGCAGCAGGAAAAGUGCAUCAUCGAGGAGGUUCCUGAAGACAUGCUGGUCACCGGUUUUUUCUUGUUGGAGCCUUGGGAUCUGAAGGCGCUCUCCCACUCGCCUCACCUCGGCGUCACUGUGACAGUCAGAGACCCAGACCAUGAGAUACUGAUGUCCAAACGCUACGGUAAAUUUGGUAAAUUCACCUUCACAGCUCACGCGUCUGGUCAGCACUACCUUUGCUUCCAAACCAACUCCACAAGGUUUGCCGUCUUUGCUGGAGAGAGACUGAAGCUACAUUUGGACGUUCAGAUGGGAGAGCACUCGAUUGAACCCAACACUGACAAGACCAAAGACAACCUGGAGACUCUGGAGAACAGCCUCAGACACCUCAUAGAUCAGAUGAUGUUCAUCAUCAGGCAGCAAGAGUACCAGAGGGACAAAGAGGAGGUGUUUCGUGACAUCAGUGAGAGCACCAACAGUAAAGUGCUGUGGUGGGCCGUGGUGCAAACCUCUGUUCUGCUGUCAGUUGGUUUCUGGCAGAUGAAACGACUCAAAGACUUCUUCAUCGCCAAGAAGCUUGUCUGAUGAUGACCUCUGACCUGUCAGCUCAAGCCUGAUGACCUAAUAGCAUGUCCUGCCCGUACAUGUCCAAGUGUAUAUAUACCAGGGUUCCUACACAUUUUCCUUUUAAAAAUUAUAGGAUUAUAAACUAUGUAUGGCUAAAAUAAUGGGAUGGAGAUGUGAGACAGCUAAAUAAAAAUCCACCAACGCUG